AUGUCAAACAAGAGAGAUUCCACUUCGCCUUAUGUCGAGUCCAAAAAGGUCAAGCUUGAUGACAACAAAAAAGACGACAUUGCAAUUGACUCGGAGUUACUAGGCGAUCAAUCUUCCUAUGCCUCCUCGGGAGCUCAGGAUAACAAUGCUUCCAAAGAGGAAGAAGAUGCCGUCGCUGCCGCAGCUUCUCUUGUGUCUGAUGCAGACACCGCCAAUGCCGCUGCCGCAGCCUUAAAUCACCAGCAGCAACCACACCACCACCACCAUCAUCACCAACAACAACAACAGCAGCAACAAUUGCAACAACGGUUAGCUUAUGAAAACCACCAUUAUGGAUCACUGGUACACGCUGCAGCUGCAGCUGCAGCUGCUCAACAGCACCAUAGACCAGAUACUACUAUGUUACAACCCACGACUUUGCCUCCUUCCAAUUCAUCUAAACCCACGCAUGGGUCGGAGGAAUGGCAUCGGGUGAGAAGAGAAAACCACAAAGAAGUGGAGAGAAGAAGAAGAGAAUCGAUAAAUCAAGGCAUCAAGGAGCUCGCUGCGUUGAUUCCUACAGCAGAAUCGAACAAGGCACAGAUAUUACAACGUGCCAUCGAAUUCAUCAGAAGACUAAAGGAGAAUGAGAACAACAAUAUUGAGAAAUGGACUUUGGAGAAAUUAUUGACUGAACAGGCAGUCAGUGAGUUGAAUGCUUCAAAUGAAAAGUUGAAGGCAGAAUUGGAGAGAGCCUACCGUGAAAUAGAGCAAUUGCGGAGAAAGAUUGACGAGAAAUGA